AUGGGCGCUGGCAAACCAACCAUCUACUUACAGGAGCAAUAUGGCGACCACAAGGUCGCUUGGCAAGGUCAAAUCCCGGCUAGGGCACUCAGACUGGCCUGUAGGAGUGCUGAUAUGUACGAUGAAUGGACCGGUGAGAAGUUGUUCAAGGAGGAGGAUAUUCCUCAAGACGUCGUUGCUACCAAGAUUGCCAAGGCUGGCACAUACGCCCUACGUAUCAACUGGUCUGAUGGGCACUCCUCUAUAUUCCCUCGAGAGACUAUGAAGAAGGCCGUGGAGGAGUACGGCAUCGUUGAAGUCGAGAACGGCGUAGCAACGAUGGCUUAUGCUGAGCACCUAGAUGCAGCUGAGAAGGCUAAGUCGUCCGCCUAG